GAUUAUGGAGGCUGAGGUUUGCGACCUUGAAAGACUUUCGAACUGAGUGGUUCUCGUGUCAUUAAGAGUUUAGAAAAUAUUGAAGGACGUCAGACAAUGGUGCCCCAGAAUACAUCUACGCAUCAAGCACAGGCGGUCGUGGCCCCGUGACGAGGUGGGAUGCGGUGACGGAGGACAUCUUUUUUCUUUUCCGCUGCGCCUUAAGAAGUACAUAAUCUACGCCAAUACAUUGCCUCCUUGUACCCAAAAUAUACUCUCGAUAUCACGCAACAGGCCCCCCCUUACAUAUCAAGGACCCGAGUCAAUUGCGCUGACUGUGCUGUGUGAAUUGGUUCCACAGUCCUCUUCAGCUAGAGUACUCUCCGCACCUCCGAUGACUCCUCCGCAAUUAUCAUAAACACCAUAAAGACUUCCGCACGCCCAGCUCUCACACCACUCCACCACCAUCAUGUCAACCUUCGGCACCCACUUCAGAGUUCAUACCUAUGGCGAGUCCCACUGCCUCUCAGUGGGAUGCAUUGUGGAUGGCGUGCCCCCGGGCAUGGAGCUCACUGAAGCCGACAUCCAGCCCCAAAUGACACGGCGAAGACCCGGCCAAAGCGCCAUCACUACUCCCCGCAAUGAGAAAGAUCGUGUUGAGAUUCAGUCGGGGACAGAAUUCGGCGUCACGCUCGGGUCUCCGAUCGCAUUGCGCGUGAUGAAUGAGAACCAGCGGAAGCAAGAUUAUGGGAACAAGACUAUGGACCUCUACCCACGCCCGAGCCAUGCGGAUUGGACCUACUUGGAGAAAUACGGCGUGAAGGCGAGUAGUGGCGGCGGGAGGAGUAGCGCGCGAGAGACAAUAGGCCGCGUAGCAGCAGGCGCCAUAGCAGAGAAGUACCUCCGUCUCGCACACGGCGUGGAAAUCGUCGCCUUCACCACUUCCGUCGGCAACGAAUUCCUCUUCCCGCCCACCCCCUCCCACCCCACCGCCUCCACAAACCCAGACUUCCUCAAACUCCUCGACGUGAUCGACCGCGAGACCGUCGACAAGCAUAUCCCCGUGCGCUGCCCCGACGCCGCCGCAACCAAGCGCAUGGAAGACCUCAUCGCCGAGUACCGCGACCGUCAUGACAGCAUCGGCGGCGUCGUGACGUGCGUUAUACGGAACUGUCCCUCAGGGCUCGGCGAGCCCUGCUUCGAUAAGCUGGAGGCUAUGCUCGCGCACGCGAUGCUGAGCAUACCCGCGACGAAGGGGUUUGAGAUCGGGAGCGGGUUUGGGGGAUGUCAGGUGCCUGGGUCUGUUCAUAACGACCCUUUCAUCAAAGCGACGGAUUCGGCUGCUGGACGGCCGCGCUUGACGACCAAGACGAACAACUCCGGCGGUAUCCAGGGCGGUAUCUCGAACGGCGCGCCGAUUUACUUUAAUGUUGCGUUCAAGCCUCCUGCGACUAUCGGCCAGGCGCAGACGACGGUUACGUACGAUGAGGAGGAGGGUGUCUUAGAGGCGAAGGGCCGACACGACCCAUGCGUUGUUCCACGCGCCGUGCCAAUCGUAGAGGCUAUGGCUGCACUAGUCAUUAUUGAUUCAUUAAUGGCACAGCAGGCGAGGCAAACGGCGCGGAGUCUGCUGCCGCCGCUGAAAGCCACGAUUCCGGCGGAGAAGACGGUAGUAGGGAAUAGCAAGCUACAAGAAGAGAUGACGAAUGGGUCUUGAUAGACGACAGUUCUUUCUUCUGGGCUGGUUUAGAAGAUAGUGGGCGGAAGAUGUGCAUGUUUCAACAAAAGCACUGCUGUUUAGGCGAUCAGAGUACGAGAACGGCGUUGAACAGGGUCUUAGGCCAGAUAUACAGUCCUCGUAACUCGAUUCAACAUUAAGAAAAUGCAGCCGAGUUAUCAACCGCGCUUUUGCCUCUGCGCC